AUGGCUUCGUCGAAAGAGAACCCUUGGUUUCCUGAAAAGCGAUGUGAUUCCGGCAGCAACCUCGGUGAACCUCCAGCUCACCGUCCUCCCGACCCCCUUGACCCUCCUGACUAUGCUCCCCUCGUUGAUUUCCCUCCCCUCCCCACUUCCCCUGCCACCAUUACUUCGAAGACUGCUUCUUCUGAAAGGAAGAAGAUGAUUUCCACUACCUCAGGUCAGGGACAACAAUUGCAAGCUCCUUUAGACCUGAAACAAAUUAUUUCUGUUACAAAUCAACCCACUAUCUCAGAUUCUGCAAAUUCAAAAAGUAGAUCUGAAGAAAACACUAUUCCCCAAACAGUAACUCCACCUUCAGAUUUCAGUGUGCUCCCGCCUAAACACUCUUCCCCCCUCCAAACUAACUCCGCCUCCUCAAAGCCUCCAGUUACAAUCCAAUCCUCCUCUGCAUCUACCUCUUCUACCCCACCUCUCCCCAUUCCCACAACCAAAUCUAUCGGCCAAAAUACUACUCUUAACCCCCAAAAUUCAAACACAAACCCCUCAGACUCAAACACAAACCCACCUAGAAACCCCACUAUCCAGCCUCCGACCAUUUCCAAGAAGACUAAUCAACCGACUAAAGGACAAAGCACUUCUAUGUUCUAUGUCUCCCAAUGGGGGUCAUCCACUCAUCUACCAUACCGGAGAUUGAGUCGAUACCUCUUUGGGCGCACCUCUCUGGAGUUCCAUUUGAUCUUCGCACCAAGGAAGAUAUUGAAUAUCCUUGGGUCCCUCCCUACGCAUUGUCAUCGCAUUGGCCACAUCCCGAAGGACUGCAUAUACUCCCCUCCUGCUCCAACUGACCCUAAAACCACAGAUGAAAGCAAUGCUAAAGUCGUGGUUCCUGAUCCUCCUGAUACUGAUGAGUGCCUCGAGGAUUCCAUGGAAUUAUACAACCCUGGAAAUGAGCCGCCGGCAGUGACAGACAUGGAGAUAGAGUUGAUUCACACUUCUCCGCCAGUUGGGUCAACUCCUGACCGUCCAGAUAAUGAUCUUAUUGAAACUUCUGAUGAGAUCCCUCAGGAGGUUGAAAGUCUUAUCUCUGACCCUCUCAUUCCUAUUCAAAGCAUCCCUAUCUCCUCCCCCAUCCCUCCUAUUAAUACCCAAAAACCUUCUCACUCUUCCCCUCCGCCUCCCCAACCUCACAAAACAUCACUUUUUCAUCCUCCCCUACCAAAGCCAACUUUGUUUUUGGACUCUCUGCAACCUAUGCCCCCACUUUUGGAUCCUAUAUAA